AGCACUUCUUUACGUAAAGUCUCUAAACAUCAGCGGUUACCGAAAUGUUGGAUUUGACAGUGAAUUUAACCUCUCUCGGGUUUGAGGCUGGUCUCAGUGAAGAUGAGAAAGUAUUGGUAUUUCUGCGCAGUCGGUCCGCUGGCUUGACUGUUAGUGGAUGUGCGCAUGCUGUAUUUGCAUAUAAACUUCUCAGUUUAAUAAGAAAGAAAGUGAACGCUGCUAAAGCACAUCUGUCUGUUGGCGUAGUGGGAGGAGGACACAUGGGUAAACAGCUUGCGACGACUUUACUGCGUGCGUCCAGCCUCGAGCCUCGCCACAUCAACAUCUCAACCAGAAGACCCGAGACAUUAGGAGAAUAUUCAAACAUGGGUGUUGAGUGUUACUUUGACAACAUUAGACUGGCUAAAUGGGCAGACGUGCUGUUCCUGUGUGUCUUGCCCUCUCAGCUACCUCAAGUCUGCGCAGACAUUCGCUGCCAUCUGUCUUCAGACUGUCUGGUGUACAGCUUCACCUCAGCAGUGCCACUCAGCAGGCUUGCUGUGCUGCUUGACCACAGUUCUGUUAUCAAACCCCAGUAUGAGUUUGUGGCUUGUGAUUAUGUCAAUACAAUUUGGCUUCUCCGCAAUCAGGUGACCGCAGCUUUACAGGAUAAAGAAGUGAUAUCAGCCUCAGUUCCUCUUUCAAUGAAUGGUGGCCUCUUCCUGGAUCAGAGAUGGGUAUCUGCUGUGCUCUACAGUCUCCUCAACAUGUGCACAGCACAGAAGCUGGGCUCCGGAAAGACUCUUCGGCUGCUAAACGGGCUGUUUGAGACAAACACAUUUACUUAUCACAGUUUUGUAAAUGCACCCAGUGCAUCUGAUCUCAAUAACCCUGAUGACCUUUUUCCGUGGAUCAGUUUGGUUGAUGCACAAACUAAAGACGCUCCAUUGACUGAUUUGGUGUCAAGAGAUAAAGGUUUGCGAGACUGCAUUUCAGUUAUGUACUACAAUGCAUUCUCAAACUUAGCCGAAGGAUAGGACAUACUUUUGUUCAGUUAGUUCAAUGAGACACAGCAAUUAAAUUGGGCAACAUUUAAGUUUGUAUGUAAAUUUUUGUGUUCAUGUUCAAUCUGUUUAUCUUUAACCAGCAGGUGUUUGUAAAGUGAAGUCUGAAAUAGGUGUUAAUUAAACACAAGGGAAAAGUUAGCAUGUCAGCUGGAUCCCUUUGAGCUGCCGAGUGCUAUAUUUGUGUUUUAUCCUCUGCAGAUUUUUGCCACACAUGGCCAAAUGACUUUGAAAUGUUUCCCAGUACAUUUGACCAUGCCAAGCCAUUUACCUACACAGGAUAUAUGCUGCUAAUAAACAAAAGCGCCAGAACUGUUA